ACUACUUCUAAGCAAAGGACGACAAAAAUCAAUUGAAUAACUAAAAUAGUAGCCCAUGAUUAGAAACCAUCCGUCAUAAAAAAAUGUCCGCCCAAACCCCGCCAGACAAGCUUUCCCAGGAUCAAAUCGAAGAACUGCGGGAAGCUUUCUCCCUGUUCGACACCAACGGCGACGGAACCAUAACCUGUUCAGAACUUGGCACAGUCCUUCGAUCCCUUGGCAAAAAUGUAUCCGACGCGGAAGUGGAAGAACUGCUCAAAGAAGUCAACGUCGACCACGAAGGAAUGAUCCACUUUCCGGACUUCGUGGCAAUGAUGUCCAUCCGAUUGCGGGACUUCAAUAGCGAGGAGGAACUCAAGGAAGCCUUCCGGAUCUUCGACCGCAACGGAGAUGGGCUGAUUUCGGCGGACGAAUUGCGAGCGGCUCUCCAAUCUUUCGGGGAACAGCUGGCCGAGGAGGAAAUCGAAGAACUGCUCCGGGAGGCGGAUGUCAACUGCGACGGACAAAUAGACUACGAGGAGUUUGUUAAAAUGAUCACGCUGAAAUAAAAGGCACAACUUUUCCAAUUACCAGCUUAA